AAGGCUGCUGGAGAGAGCAUGAGAUGUGUCGCAAUAGUGAAUCCUCUCUUUGUUGCUCCAGGAUUUCAGAUGUGUUCUAAGCCUGGCGGGGUGAGCAAGCUUCUGGGCACUGAUGGAGACUCAGCACGGCAGUGGGUCGCAGCCCUUACUACAGGCUCGGCGUGACAGUGGGAGACCGCACAGGGAGCCCGACCUGCGGGAUGUCCUGAUGCAGCAGGUUCAUGUCUUGUCGUUGGACCAGAUCAGAGCCAUCCGAAACACAAAUGAAUACACAGAGGGACCUACGGUGGCUCCACGGCCGGGGGUCAAGUCUUCUCCUCGGGUAACAACCCAACCCAAAAAUGAAAGGCCCCAUGGCUUGCCUGAGCAUCGUAAUUUUAGCCGGAUCCAGCACACACAAACGCACGCACCUCCUCGAGCGCCUCUGUCCCGAUCCAUCAGCACAGUCAGCACAGGUUCACGGAGCAGUACGAGGACAAGUACGAGCAGUAAUUCAUCAGAACAAAGACUUCUGGGAUCGUCUUCAGGGCCAGUUGCUGACGGGAUAGUCCGAAUGCAGCCCAAGUCUGAGCUUAAGUCGAGUGAGCUGAAGCCACUGAGCAAAGAAGACUUGGGAGCACACAGCUACAGGUGUGAGGACUGUGGAAAGUGUAAGUGUAAGGAGUGCACUUAUCCAAGGACCCUCCCUUCAUGUUGGAUCUGUGACAAGCAGUGUCUUUGCUCAGCCCAGAACGUAGUUGAUUAUGGGACUUGCGUUUGCUGUGUGAAGGGCCUCUUCUAUCACUGCUCUAAUGAUGACGAGGACAACUGUGCUGACAACCCCUGCUCCUGCAGUCAGUCACAUUGCUGCACUAGGUGGUCCGCCAUGGGUGUAGUGUCCCUCUUCCUGCCUUGCUUGUGGUGUUACCUGCCAGCCAAGGGUUGCCUUAAGUUGUGCCAGGGCUGUUACGACCGGGUAAAUCGGCCUGGGUGCCGCUGUAAACACUCCAACACCGUUUGCUGCAAAGUUCCCAGCGUACCCCCCAGGAACUUUGAAAAGCCAACAUAG